AUGCCAUUCUACAUUCAAACUCCACCAUUAACACCAUCAAUGGUGAAUCCGAUAAUUCGGAAUAUUCUGGAUACUGAAGAGGAAGAAGAAGAGGAAGAAGAUGAGACUGAAGAGGAGAUUGUUGUGGAUGGCCCCGCAUUCAGGCCAAUGUUAUUAGAGCGGAUGUCGAAAGUGAACUCGGAUUCGAAUUUGAUGAAAAGCGCCGCGGCCAAUUCGACCCGUCUCGCAAUUUCCGGUGAUUCGCGAUCCGAUGCAGACUGUGCAGAGCUUCUUGCAGAAUACGUUGAUGUCUGCGUCGCCGUCGAUGCCGAGUUGUUUGUCGAAGUUGCUUAUUGA